AUGAGGAAGAAUGUAGAUGAUAGAUUUUCACUUAAUGUUAGUUAUACAAAGAUGAAGAGGGUUAAGAGAAUUAUCUUGGAUAAACUAGAGGGUAGCUUUAUUGAUGAUUUCAACAAGUUGGAAGCUUAUGCUCAAGAGUUGAGGGAUAACAAUUUUGGUUCUGAUAUGGUGAUAAAAAUUUCUAAAGAUGCAUUAGAACAAGAAGAAUAUAAAGAUCAACUGAAGAGCAUGGGUUCUGUGUCUGAACAAGCAGUCAAAGAUCUGUUAUGGGAAAAACCAAUUAUUAAGAUGCUGGAAGAUAUCAGAAUCAAGGUCAUGGGUAGGUUGAAAGAUUUUAAAGAGGAGGGUGAAAAGUGGACUGAAAAGUUCUUUCCAUAUGCCACAGAGUUGUAUAAUGAUUUCAAAAUUAUUGAACAAGGUUGUCAAGUUCAAGCUAAUGGAGACUUAGGGUAUGAGGUAAUUGAAGGUACUGAUAGGCAUGUUGCGAGUUUUGCUAGUAAGAGAUGCAUAUGUAGGAUAUGGGAUUUAACAGUAAUACCAUGUCCUCAUGCCAUUAAAGCUCUUGAACAUGAUAAACAAGAACCAGAGAAUGAGAUACACCAGUGGUAUUCAAAACAGACUUACAUGUUGCUUUACCAACAUAAAAUUCAUCCAAUUAAGGGCGAGAAGUUCUGGAAAUUUCAUCUUUCACAUGCUAUGGAACCACCCAAAAUACGUAAGAUGGUUAGUAGACCAAAACUUAAGAGAGAAAGGGAGAGAAAUGAGGCAAAGAAGAGAGAGGGAUUAUGGUCAAGAAGUAGAAGGAGGCUGAAAAUUACAUGUGGUCAUUGCAGUGAAAAAGGUCACAAUCAAAGGAUAUGUCCUCUGCUUCAAAGAAUAGCAGAAGUUCUUCAAGAUUUUGUGUCUUCAACUCAACAAAUAAGCUAA